GGAAAGCGAUAGUUUGUGCAUCUUCUAAUAAAAGGGGCAGGCAGCGGCGGAAAACGAAACUUCGCCGGGGACUCUUCCUUUAGCCGGCUGCGUCUGCAGGUUGGAGCAGAAGAGUUUUUGGGGAAAGUCUUUCUUUAAUUGCGCGGUGCUGCUCUCGGCCCGCUGGAUUCCUUUUGAUCUCGGCUGAGGUUGUAAAAAGCUCACCCUGGGUCGCCGGUCACCCAAGAAGGGCAUUAAAUGCCCUAAAUGUCAUGACACUCAAAAUGCAUCACACAAGUUCUGCAGUAAUUGUGGAGGACAGUUGACUCCGUCUUGCAGUGUGCAAAACAGGAGGGAUGAAGAAAAGACUUCAGUGGUAGAGAUGGAACCUGAUGGAGACUUGAGGGUGGAGAGUUCUCCUUUGUCAGGAUCAUUGGUGAAUGAGCAGCCAUCUAGCGAACAAAUGCCUGGGGCGUCUGAAGAGUCUCUAUCAGCCUCCCAAAAGCGAGCAAUAAAAACUCUGAAUGCUGGUGACUGGGAUAUGUUGGAUGACAGUAAUCAUCCUCCUUCCAGAAAAAAACGAAGGGAGAACCUAUGCCUAAAGGAGGGCAGUAAACUAUGCCCAGUUCCUCAGCAGAAGAACAGGAAAAGGAACAAGAAGAAGACUUCUCCAGAUAGUGAAUUGCAUAGUUCCUUGUCAAGCUUAAGUUCAGCUCCGUCCAGUCUUGAUUGUUCACUUACUCCAGAUGUGGCUAAUGUGAGAAUCCCAGUAGAAGAAAGUCAACACUCAGAGGCUAAGUCGAUUGACUUAAUGCCAUCCAUUGAGGAUAGUAGUGGCCAGAUUAGAAAUAUCUCCUUCCACGCAGAUCAGAGCCAAGAAUUUGUGAGCAGAACAGGAAUCCAGAAUCAGCCAGAACAAAAUAAGAAAAAUGAUGCAGUAAGUCAACCUGCUGUUACUGCUGUCACGGGGGAGAAGAUGGAAGAGGAUAGUUCCAGAAAGGUUGAUAUAGUUGGUGAGCAGAUAGAUACUAGCAAGAAACAAUGUGCCACCAGUUCUGUUGGACCUGGACAACUUUCAGAGAAUACAAGCAAUAUAUCAAAUGAAAGUGUUAUACAACCUGUUUCUAAGGGAAACACUGACAGCAGAUCUUCAGAUCUCAAUGUUAAUGUUACAUCUACGGAGGAAAAAAAAUCAGGAUCGAGCACUGAAUAUCAAAACUGUGGAACGAAGAGAUCUUUGCCUGAAUCUAAAAUGAAAAAUAACAAUUCAACAGAAGUUAAGGAAGAGGCCAAGCAACAGAAGAGUGCUUCUAGUUCAAAAAGAGCAAAGGUAAAUGUGGCCCAACAGGAGUAUGUCUCUGAAAAGGGACAAAAAAUAUGCACUCCGGUGGAAGAGUCUGGGGAAGAAAGGAGGGAUUCUGCUGCUGCUGGAAAUCAAAGGCCUCAGAGAAGAAAAGAGGAAGAGAGGAAUCAUGAAGUCCCUGCUGUCAAACAAAAUCACACACCUACGGAGAAUAUUACGGUUUAUUUCCAUGCUAUUCUAUCUAACGACUUCAAGAUGAAUCCUGAGAAGCAUAAAGUGUUCAUUCUGGCAGGGGGAAUUUCUGACUAUAUUGACUGGAAAGAUCAUGUAUGUGAGCUGAACUGUACCCAAGAUCUUGGAGAUCAUGGAUACCUGAUUGAAGGCCACACCAUAAUUUCUAAGGAAAACCUGGAUAAAGAAAUUUCUUAUAAAUACGUUGUUAAACGUGACAAACAACUGUUGUAUGAAUUCAUUUACAAACCUGCUUCAGAAGGACUCCAUGUAGAUCGCUCCUUGUAUUUAUCAUCAAAAUCGAUAAGUGGUACAGAUUGGCAUCAGUACGAUGACAUAAUAUGCACUAAACCUGGGGAGAGUAUGUGGACAAAAAUUAAGAAUCAAAUUCCAUUUGGGAAAGAUAAGGAAAAGGAUGUUGUGAAAGGGAAAUGUAUAGCCGCAAGAAUAAUGCUGGACAGCCUCUUCAGUAUACUUAAAACGUGGAGUCGGAUUAACAUCAAAAGCUUUUUCCAGCAGUUCCAACAAUUUUACUGUGUAAAUAAAAGGAUAAUGGUACAUGAAGAAUGUCGAAAAGAAUGGAAAGAGCUACAAUUUGGAGAAGAGCAGUUGCAAGAUUUGAUUAUGAAUUACUUGAUGGAACAAUCAAGUAACAUCCUCAAACAGAACACUUUGAUGUGGGAUAAACUAGGUCUAGCAUUGAUCACCCUUACAUUAGUAAAAGAUUACAAUCUUCGACUGUCCAAAGAGGGAUUGGAACAGUUAUGCAUGUUUCUUUGUCUGGAGAACUCACCAGCAGAUGUAAAUGAAACCAAGCGCUUCAGAGAGAUGUUUUCAGAGUGUCAGGGUGUGGAGGAGAAGUUGAUAAUUCUCUGUAACAGCUGUAUUGAAGAAAAGAUUCACCAGUGGGUGUGGACACUCCCAGUUCUUUACCUAUUUACUUUGACUGAUUCUGAAUGUAAGAUUAGGACUUGGCAUGCAUCAGAAGAGAAAUGGGCAAGAUUGGAAGGUAUUCAGUAUUUGGGGAUCAGAGAUCAAAACAUAAACUUCAAUAGGAAUCUAAUAAUGCAAAAGAAGCAUUUGCUGAAAGGAAACCAAACAUUAUUCAGAUCCUGGUUCUGCUUGUUACGAUUGUGUGACCUGGUAGAAUUUAUCUCUGGCCCUUACGUUGAUCCAUUUGACUGUCUUCUGGGAACUUUUUAUAGACUGAAGAACUUGAGAAUUGACUGCCAGAAUUGUCAGGAUGUAAAAAAGCUUUUAGAAAAAUUGUUGCACAUCCUGUCAGAAAAAAAGAUUACAAUUCAGCAAGGUGAUUGGAAACACUCUGCUGUUGCCUGUCAAAAACUUCAUGAGAUGUGCAGCCAUCAGGUUCCAGCAAUACCACAUUACAAGUUAUUAGCUACAGCAGUUGAGAUUGUUUCAACAGUUCUUGCACUCGAACCCUCAGAG